ACGGCACUUCCGCCCUCGUCCCGCCCGCAGCGGGGCCUGCGCCUUUGCAGCAGCCGUCAGGCGGCGGCGCCCGGCGGAGCGCAGCGGGGCGGAGCGGGGCGGGGGGGGCUCGCUGCGGGCGGCGCGAUGAGGCCGCAGCAGGCGCCGGUGUCGGGCAAGGUGUUCAUCCAGCGCGACUACAGCGGCGGGACGCGCUGCCAGUUCCAGAGCAAGUUCCCGGCCGAGCUGGAGAACCGGAUUGAUAGGCAGCAGUUUGAAGAGACUGUACGAACACUGAAUAACCUUUAUGCGGAAGCUGAAAAACUUGGGGGCCAAUCUUAUCUUGAAGGGUGUCUGGCCUGUCUGACUGCCUAUACUAUCUUCUUGUGCAUGGAAACACAUUAUGAAAAGGUUCUAAAGAAAAUUGCCAAGUUCAUUCAGGAACAGAAUGAGAAGAUCUAUGCUCCUCAGGGCCUACUUCUGACAGAUCCCAUUGAAAGAGGACUAAGAGUUAUUGAAAUUACCAUUUAUGAAGACAGAGGUAUGAGCAGUGGAAGAUAAAACUGUGGAGUCUCAGCAGAUAGCUCAACAGUGGACUUGCUGUAUCAAAGUUCCCCUACCUCCUACUUUAGAGCAUCAUUCUUCUCUCUGCUGCCAGAUCCACAGUGCCAUCUACUACAAGGACUAACUUCCUAAAACUCUGUUCCACAUGGGGUGACCCAGCUGAUCAGCAUCCAUUUUGUGGCAAAUUUUUAAGCAAUGAGAUUAUUUCUUAGUUUUUUCAAGAAAAAGAAGUGAUAAAGCUGCAUUCUCUUCUGAAAGAAACCAGGCGCUUGGCCCAACAGAAAUCUAGUUUUAGUCACGUAAGUGCAGUGCUGUUCCUCCCUAGUUAUUAAACCUUUCUGUACAUCAGUCGGGCUUUGGAAAGCUACAAGUCAGAGUUGGGAAUUUCCCGGAAACAAGGCCUUCCCUCCUGUUCAGUAUUGCAGUGAGGGGAUAUGCAGUGCCUCUGCCUGGAGAGAAGUGACUCAAGGCAACAAGCAUUUUAAGCUUCCCAUGCUGAUUCUCGUGGAAAACUAGAAGGCAAAGUGUUUCUUGUUUUAAUGUUUUGGCUGUUCCUAGAAGGGGGAGGAAUAGCUGGACUUUAAUACUAAUGUUUUUUCUACUACUGUGUAUAUGUUGCUAUUGCAUCUGUCAAUGCUCAUCAGAAGAGGGGGGUCUAUUCAUGCAUAAAACAGUAAGUACAGUAAAAUGGAUGCUGAACCAAUAAACAAUUCCUACCCUACUCCGAUUAAUAUGUGAAGUGUAAAACUGUUUCUUUAUGGAUUUAUUAUAUAUAAUUUAUAGGAAAACACUGAUUUGACAAACUUAGAUGUUGUAUAAGAUGGUGUCUUAACUCUGUCUGCUGACACACUAUUGAAGAGUAGAGCUGUGCAUUAUUUAGCAUCUCCCAUGCAUUGACAUUCCUCAGCAAUACCUGCUAAAGUUAAGUUCUUACAAACUGGGUUGGCUUGAUACUUUUCUCUUGUAUCCUUUUCCAUUAUCAAAGCAAGGAUGUCCUGGUGCUGAGCACCACUGUCCAAUCGUGGAAGGAAUUCUUGAAUUUAGAAACAGAAAAAUUCCGCAGAAUAGAUCAAGUGUUUUGGCUUUUGGUGGUACUGUAGGUGCUAAUACUGGAUCUGAAAUUCCAGGCUUAUUACUCAGCCACUGAUUUUUUUUUGAGAUUUGUUUCAUAUUUUAAUUGUAUAAAAUGUGUUUUUCUAAAACUGUAACUGUUUGCCUUUCACAUCUGUUGCAAUAUUGGCAGAAGUACUAAUGGAUUAGUAAAUUUUUUCUUAAACUGUG